AUGACAACAUCGUUCGAGAAUUUUCAAGGAGAUACUCUUAUGACUCAUGAACAAAAAAUAAUCUUAAACAAAUUUUACGGUAAAUGUGAUCAAUAUUGGCAAUUAAUUUACAAAGCUACAAGAGAUGGAUUUGAUGCAAUGUCAUUUCAUCGUCUUUGUAAUAAUCAAGGACCAACACUAACACUUAUCCAGUCGACAAAUAACUGUCUAUUUGGUGGUUACGCUUCCGAGAGUUGGCAAUCUUCUUCAAGUUUUGUCGAUGCUCCAGAGUCAUUUCUUUUCCUAUUAACCAAUGCAAAUGGAAAUCAACCGACAAAAUUUCCUUAUAAGAAUGAUGGAAAAGCAUUGUACAAUUUCAAUUCAUAUGGACCGAUAUUUGGUGGAGGAGCGGACUUAUAUAUCACUAAUCAAAGUGAUACAUAUCGUUAUAGUUAUUGUAAUCUGGGUGUUAGUUAUGCUAAUUCACUUGAUCUUGGAGUAAAUACUUUUACUGGUUCACAAUACUUUCAAACGAAUGAAAUUGAAAUUUUUAAAUUAUCUUAA